AUUCACAAAUUCUUACAGAGACGUUAUAAUGCAAAAAGAUUCCGGUAGGGGGAAAGUCUCCUUUUUUGAGACUGUCUUUUCAAAUAAAGUCCCGGGCAAAUUCCUUAAGGUCCAGAAACAUAACUUUUGACAGCAACAAACAUUUAAGUUGUGGUUUUUAAGAUUUAUGAAACGUCCGCAGGUUCUAGGGAGGAAUCUACCCGAACACAUCAAAACUUUCUGGCACUUUCGUAUAGUGCAGCGAUAACUCUGCGCUUCUUCCUUUACGGCACGAAAUCUGACUUCGAUGUAAAUAACUGCCAAAAUUGUUCUGGUUCAGGCGCAGGAAAACCUUUUUCCGGUAGAAAGCCCACCUUCCUCUCAUGUUGCGCAUGCCCAGUGUGCCCUGCUGCUUUGCUUUGCUUUCGUGCAUCUCCACCUUCUGUCACCAGGUAAGGGCAUCCUGGAAGAUGAGCUUCAGUGGCCGGGCUCAAACAGAACUCUGGGGGUCCCAAGAGCUUUCGGGUAUGCAAAAGAGGAAGCACAUCCCUCCCAGCCGCCACGGGCAAGAGCCAGGGUGCACAGCGCCGUAAUCUCCACUGGAGGGGCGCUAAUGAAGAGAAGAUGACAGGAGAGGAAAAGAACUACAAUUCCCAGCAUGCAGUGCGCCGCGCGGCUCCGGGAGAGGCCGGCUGUGCACUCGAGCGGGGUCUCAGCCCAGCAUCCGGGCCCACGCCUGCGGGCUGACAAGGUGAGCAUCUGGCCUAGGAUGUGAGUGAGCCCUGAGGUGUGUUCCGGCGCCCCGGGCAUGCCGGGAAGUUAGGCCUCCGGGAGCCAGCUCGCCCGCCCUGGCGGACCUCUGCAGUCCCAUGGCCGGUGUCCACGCUGGACCACACACCCGGACGUGACGCUACAGCGGAGGAGGAAGGGAGAGGCGGAGCGUCGCGGUGACGUCCUCCCAAGAUGGCGGAGAGAGAGUGAGGAAACUGUUUCCCUUGGGCGGCUACCGAUCAAGGGUAAAAUUCCAUUCUGAUAUCAAAAUGCAGUAUUCACACCACUGUGAGCACCUUUUAGAGAGACUGAACAAACAGCGGGAAGCAGGAUUUCUUUGCGACUGUACCGUCGUGAUUGGCGAGUUCGAGUUUAAGGCGCAUAGGAAUGUGCUUGCCUCCUUUAGUGAGUAUUUCGGUGCGAUCUACAGAAGCACUUCUGAGAACAAUGUUUUUCUUGAUCAGAGUCAGGUGAAGGCUGACGGAUUUCAGAAACUGUUGGAGUUUAUAUAUACGGGAACUUUAAAUCUCGACAGUUGGAAUGUUAAAGAAAUUCAUCAGGCUGCUGACUAUCUCAAAGUAGAAGAGGUAGUAACUAAAUGUAAAAUAAAGAUGGAAGAUUUUGCUUUUAUUGCUAGUCCCUCUUCUACAGAAAUAUCUAGUAUUACUGGAAACAUCGAAUUGAAUCAACAGACCUGUCUUCUUACUCUGCGAGAUUAUAACAAUCGGGAGAAAUCAGAAGUGUCCACAGACUUAGUUCAGGCAAAUCCUAAACAACGUUCAUUGGCAAAGAAAUCGUCUCAAAGUAAAAAGAAGAAAAAGGCUUUCAAUUCCCAGAAACCAGGGCAGAAUAAAACAGUGCACUAUCCCAGUGAUGUUUUAGAGAGUGCAUCUGUUGAAUUAUUCCUAGAUACAAAUAAAUUGUCCUCCCCUGUGGUUGAACAAGUCAUCCAAGGAAAUGAUAAUUCAGAACUUGAGUUGACCUCAGUUGUGGAAAAUACUUUUCCAGCACAAGAUAUUGUGCAAACUGUUACCGUCAAACGGAAACGUGGAAAGUCACAGUCACACUGUGCUCUGAAAGAACACUCCAUGUCUAAUAUAACCAGUGUAAAGAGUCCGUAUGAACUGGAGAACACUGGAGAAGAGCUGGAUCAGCGGUAUUCGAAGGCCAAGCCAAUGUGUAACACAUGCGGGAAGGUGUUUUCAGAAGCCAGCAGCUUGAGAAGGCACAUGAGAAUACAUAAAGGAGUCAAGCCCUAUGUCUGCCACUUGUGUGGAAAGGCUUUUACCCAGUGUAACCAGCUGAAAACCCACGUAAGGACUCAUACAGGGGAAAGGCCAUACAAAUGUGAACUAUGUGAUAAAGGAUUUGCUCAGAAAUGCCAGCUGGUCUUCCACAGUCGCAUGCAUCAUGGUGAGGAAAAACCCUAUAAAUGUGAUGUGUGCAAUUUACAGUUUGCAACUUCUAGCAAUCUCAAGAUUCAUGCAAGGAAGCACAGUGGAGAGAAGCCAUAUGUUUGUGAUAGAUGUGGGCAGAGAUUCGCCCAAGCCAGCACACUGACCUAUCAUGUCCGUAGGCAUACUGGAGAAAAGCCUUAUGUGUGUGACACCUGCGGAAAGGCAUUUGCUGUCUCUAGUUCUCUAAUCACUCAUUCUCGAAAACAUACAGGUGAAAAACCAUACAUAUGUGGUAUUUGUGGGAAAAGUUUUAUUUCCUCAGGAGAGCUCAACAAACACUUUCGAUCCCAUACAGGAGAACGACCAUUUAUCUGUGAACUGUGUGGAAAUUCUUACACAGACAUUAAAAAUUUGAAGAAGCACAAAACAAAGGUCCAUUCUGGUACAGAUCAAACUCCAGAUUGCAGUGUAGAUGACCAUGCUUUAAGUGAACAAGAUCCCACACAAAGAAGUCCUCUGUCAGAAACUCUAGAUGUGAAGCCUUCUGAUAUGACUCUACCCUUAGCGCUUCCACUUGGAACUGAAGACCAUAUGCUCCUUCCUGUCACCGAUAGUCAGUCUCCUACGUCAGACACACUGUUGAGGUCAACUGUGAAUGGAUAUUCCGAGCCACAGUUGAUUUUUUUACAACAAUUAUAUUGACUUUGAGGACAUGGAAUUGCUAAGACAUCCCUAGUAGUAAAUAUAAACGUCUCUGGUAAGGUGCAUAUUCAUAUUAAUCCCCAUUCAUUUGAGCUGUGUGAACAUUAUUUGUCACUCCUGGAAGUAAAAGCACCUGACCUUGCAUCCAUCAGUGCUCGUUUUGACUUUUGGCUUUUACUGUAAGCAGCCUUUCCAGGAGUGACGUCCACUGUGGCAGCACUAUUUUGGGUGGGUAAGUUGUAGACACUGUUCAAGCUGCCUUAAUUCCAUUUUUAUUUUGCAUUUUGGACUUCUUUGUUCCUGAGAUAAAAUCUGACCUGUGGGUUUUUCAUUGUUGUUCUCUUCUAACUGUUUAAGCAAAAUCUACAGUAAUAUCAACUUCAAAGCGUUUCUGUUUAUAAACCCUGUGGAGCAGUAGGUAAACUGUUGGAGGGGUAAAAUUUCAUAUUUAUACCUAUGAAAAUUUAGAUACUAAGGAAGAAUUGUGCUAUUUAUUAAUAUAUUCCUUUAGAGGUAACUUUUUUAAUGAAGCCAAAAGGAGUAUUUCUCUUAAAACCCAGAAAAAUGUAUGUAAAUUUUUGUUCAUUUAGAAUGAACUCAGUAUUCUGGAGAAAACCAAUAGUCUAAUCAGUUUUUGUUUUGAGUUGAGACUAUAUUUUUUUAAAUAGAUAUUUGGUGUUUUUAAGUGGUCAAAAGACAGUUUUGAAAUUUGAUUCAUUUUAUAUUUUAUUAGAUUUGUAGAUUAUUGGAAGUGAAUAUAUAACAGUUUGAAAAUUUUUGAUAAGCCUAUCUUUUUAUCGGUUAUGCACUUUUUAAAAUAAAUGUUCUAAAAAGAAUUUUCUAGAUAUAAAAUACAUACUAGAAAUCACUUGGCUUCUAAAUUUGAUAUAUUACAUAGAAAAAUCAAGAAACUUGAGUAGCUUGCCUAAAGCAACACACGAACACACACAAAUAGAAUCACUAUCCUAACUUCAAUUAUAAGCUACACUUUCUGGUUAUCAGUUUAUUUACCAGUUUAUAUUUGAGUUUUCUAUAGGUAUGGGUUUUUCAAUUCUAUAAACUACACUGCACCUUUGGGUUGUUGGCUGUAGCUUCCUAGUGGUCUUUCCAUUCCAGGUGGAUGUAGAGAAUUGAGUGACACCCAUCCAGAUACCUGCUGCCACUUUCCCCAUCUCUCUAUCCCCGCAUAUUAAUUUAUUUCACUGCCUCACCUCUGCAUUUUAACUCUCAGAGAGUCAGUUCCCAUAGUACUGAUAAAAGUCGUGGUGACUAUUUCUCAUUUCUGCCGUGAAUUAGUUACGCUUAUUUGUUUUCAUGAUUUAAACUACACUGAAAUAAAUUCAAUGUGUUUACCAAUACUGAAUUCUUUAGUCAUAAUUCCCUGUUUGGGUCCAAGUCUCAGAAAUGAGAAGAUAAAAACACCCAAUUCUUCCAGACUGAAGUAGUGAUGCCAUUUCUUAGAGCACAUAGCGUUUUCACAGUAAAUUGCCACCAGUGAGACUGACUUAGCUGGAGACGGUAAACAAAUGCCUCCUUUGUAUAAUAAACUUACUAUUUCAUUAUUUACCUAAGAAAUCUGUGUGUCCAUUAAAUGAACGUACUGAGUUUGAAUAUAAUUUGUAAGGUUAUAAAAUGGUCAGCUAGUCUAUUCUGGUUUAAGAUCAAUGAAAAUUUACUGGAAUGUAACAAAACUAAAGAAAAUUAAGAGCCAACCCUUUUUAACAAGUUGCCAAAGUAGAGAGAUAUUUAAUUCACAUCUUCAUUAAUCCAAGCAUCUAACUGUAGUUGGCAUUUUCUUUGGGCAGCCAGCUAGCUCCCAGAUAAAGACAUAGAGACUUAUUAUGCAUGCUCAGCUUUAGCUUAGGCUUGUCCCACUAGCUCUUUUAACUUAAUUUUACCUGUUUCUGUUCAUCUUUGUUUGGCCUUGGGGCUUUUUACCUUUCUUUCAUUCUGUAUGUCCUACUUUCCUGCUUCCUCUGUGUCUGUCUGGCCCCUGGCAUCUCCCUGGCAUCUCUUUUUCUUUCUUUCCUCCCCCUCCCCGAGCCUAAAUUCCUCCUCCUAUUUCCUCUUCUUGCCCAGAAAUCCUAUACCUCCUCCCUCACUAUUGGCAGUUCAGCUUUUUAUUAGACCAGUCAGGUGCCUUAGGCAAGGUAAAACAGCCACGCAUCUUUACAUAGUUAAACAACUAUUCUGCAUCAUAAAAAAAUGCAGCACAUCUUUGCAUAGUUAAACAAAUAUUCUGCAACAUCUAAUGAACAUUUUUCUUAAGUGCUAUAGUUAGCUGGGCAUGGUAGCACAUAUCUGUAAUCACAGCAUUCUGGAAAGUUGAGGCAAGAAGAUUAAAAAAUAAUUCCAAAAAUCACUAUGAUGAUGUCAUAGUUAUAUGAGGGCAAAAAUUGUCCCGUUUCCUCAAAUGUAAUGAUAGUCUUUUUGUUGAUUUAUCUUUUUAAAUUUUGAGAUAGUCUUACUUCAUAGCCCAGACUGCCUAGGACUUCUGUGUAACUAACCUGAGGUAUCCUCAUACCCAAGGUUCUCCUCCCUCGCCCUCCAGAACAUGCAAUACAAUAGCCAACUUGGUAAUUAGCAUUCUGAAAGCUUCCAAAUCUAUUAUUUUCAGUAUUAUUUCAUAUAAUUGCAAUAUGGAAUAGGUAGGAUUGGUUUUUUUUAUUUGCAUUACCUGCAUAUCUAAAAUUAUUUUAAGUUGAUGUGGCUUUAGUUAUCGUUUGCUCUUCCAGAAUUACGUGUGAAGAAAGUUUAAAGACUGAAUGUUCUCUCUUAUCAUUUUUUAAUACUACAGUGUUACUUAUUUGAACCUGUGUGUAUUUUAGAUGUGUCUGGUAAUCAUUCUAACACAAAGAAUCACUGGGGUCAGUUGUUUAUUUUGUUAAGAUGCGGUGUUUUGGGAAAGAUUCUUAAGUAUUACAGAAGGUUUUGAAAGUCUUUAAAAUGCUGAAUAUCUUAGAAACUAUUUUCUAAUAUUGUUUUAUAAUUGUAUUAUUUUACUCUAGUGUUAGCUUUUAGACUUUUUAAAAAAGAAAUUGUAGAUUAUAUAUUAAAUGAAUUUUGCUGUUGAAUAGUAUUCAUGUUUAAUUCCAUGGGAUCAUUUCAAUAGACAAUUUUAGAAACCUUUUUCAAGAUUGAAAUUUCUGUCAGUUUAUUGCAAAAAUAGUUUAGCAUUUCUGUACAUUUUAAUCCUACAGAAAUGGCACUACCAGAGUAGUUAAAGCAGGUGGUUAAUUAUAUACACUAAUUUUUAAAAUCUCCUAGGCCAGUAGUUGUAAUGGCUUUACUGCUAUCAGAAUGGAGCUUAAGAAUAAUGACAUUCGUACCCACUUCAGCUUACUGUACUGAGUCAGACAGUGCUGGGGCAGAUGUAUGCUAGAAAAGCCCUACAGUUGAUCUCAACGUGUACCAGACAUUGAGAACUAUCCUCCUAAGCACUUAGGUGCCCUCUGUUUGAGAGGCACUUAAGAUGGAAUUCUUGAAUAUAAUUUUCUAUCUUUUACCUGGAGAUUUUAGUCUAUUAUUUGGCUAGAAAUACCACCAAAUGAAAAGAUUAAAGUCUGCAUUUUUCACUCACUAUUUUGAUAUCAAUGAAAUUGAGUUACUGGAAUGUUGAUUUGUUACUUUUUGUUUUAAGAGAAGGUUUUACUAUGUGUCACUGUGUUGAGCUUGAAUAUAUUAAAUAGCCCAGAUUAGGCUGGAAUUCACAGUAA